AUGGCCAUCAACUUCAACAAACUUUUCCUGCAAAAUCUCCUGCCCAAGGGCCAGUCGACUACUCAUACACAGGUCUCCACGUUUAGUAGUUCGGAGGCUACUUUUGAAAAUGUUAGGUCGCAGGAUUACACCGACUCCAAAGAAGUGGAUGGUUCAGUGGAGACCACAGACCAGCAGGAGAGGGAGACAGAGCGGUUGUCGCACACAUUGGAGUGCUUACGACUGCUGAUUGACAACCAUAACAGGCGACGGGUUAGACAUAAGGAAUCACCAACACUGCAGCUCCGCGCUCCACCGAGUAUGCAGCAGGAGCCGCGUGUGGCCGACCAGCCAAAGCACCGAAGGAACACACUGAGCCACCAACCAUACCAAGUGGAUGCGGCACCGGCUUGUAAGGAUCUAUCACAUCAUAGCGUCCUCCGAACAAACGAAAGGAUGUCUAAAAAAUCGGAAAAGGAACUGGCAAAGAUGGACCUCUCAAAGUGCUGGAACCCAUUAGUGUACAUUGAGAACAUUCUUACCGAAUCGAAGGACCAGCAUUGGAUAUCGGCAAAGAAUGAUGACGCCGGGCAAGUCUUUGUGACCGAAAGGCGACGUCUGCGUGCCAUCUUCCUCGAGACCCUCGAACUCAAUGACUUUCCGCUGGAUGUACAGGUAAUCUCUCCACUUGCACAUAUAUUUGCCGACAUUUACAAGAUCGUGAAAGCUCAUGGAUGUGGUUUUUUUAAAGACAUUCGACAAUAUCGACAGUCAAUGGCAUUGACCUCGGAGCUGAUGGCAGUGAAGCCAAAUGAGAAGAUAUCCGAAGGAGAAUCUUCCACAUUUAUGGAGGUCACACAACAGCAGUAG